AUGUCUCGGCCUCCAUUAAGAGGUCAUGGCUAUCAUGGCCAGAGGCCUCAUGCCGAUCGAACCCAAGAACGGUAUCCACCCCAAACUGUCUGCCGAAUGUUACAAUUGGAGAACAGUAAACUGGAAAGACUUGAAGAUGCUGUAUGUUGAUCGAAAAUAUAAAUAGCAUUGUGUUUAGAAUAAGUUGUUACAAUUCGAGGAAGCUUUUGUUCAACUGCAGGCAAUGUUAGUUAAGAUCCCUGAUAUUAACAUGGGAGAAUAUUUGUUGAAGAACAUGAACAAUGCCGACAGUAUUGGAAAAGCUAGUAUUCAAGGGUUUCUUUGUGAUCCCCCGAAGGCUCAGAAGGUAUGAGAUUUGCAUUACUUUAAAUUCACAACUGUUUGGGUAUUAAUUUAUGCCUUUUAGUAUCUCGGAUUUAUUGCACUUGCCGCAAAAGUGGAUAACUGGCAAGAAACUCUGACUUCUUUUAACAAAAUCAUCCUGGACGGAUUCUGUAUUUUGAAACCGCAAGUUAGGUUGCGAUUAGUCGACCUUAUGGAGUAUAUUGUACUAGAGAAUCCUCCCAAUUGUGAUAACGUCCUGUUGAAUUUCUUCAGAGAGACUAAUAAUGGUAAGAAGUCAAUUCUGAACUAUUUCUCAUUGUUUCACUUUUAGGAAGUCGAUUGGGCGAUAUAAAUCACGCUUUGGAAUUGGCCGAACUUCAAGCCGAGUUUGUUAUCCGGCAGAAGGAAUGGUUCUCCAGGAACACAUUCAACUUCCCAUUGACUCCUGUGGUUUGCAUAACAUUCACGCGAGUGUUGGCUGAGCUUCCUCCUGGCCGGGAACGACUUCAGAGUCUUUUAUGUUCCGCCGUGGACAUCUUGUUCCACGACCGUUUUCGAGAUUUGACCUUUUUGGGUCGAGAACAAAUUCUGAUUAUGCUCCGAGUCUCGAAAAUUAAUCACUUGCGGCAUUAUUGGAGGAUUCUUCUUCACAAUCCUCGCCUUUUAUUGCCUCAAGGUAUGGAAAAUAUAACCAAAUUAAUGGCGGUCAAAUGUUCGCCUAACAUUUCACAAUAUCGAGUGGCGUUUAAGAUUCAAAAUGUAAUAGAAUAUGUUCUUACCUACAAACCAGAGAUUAUCGAGCGUUAUCAUUGCGAAUGGUUUAUUAAAGAAGUAAGUGGUUGCAGUAUCCAGGUUUAUAUUACUUUAGUAUCUCUCCGGAUUUGACGCAGCAACCUUGCGGGCAGAUAUUAUUCGGUUUGUGGUUACCCAUCGACCGUAUAAUAACACAGAAGCCUUGAAAGCAUCAAGGCCUGUCUUCCUGGUGAAGUUACUCAAUCAUUGCAAGGUAAUAAUAUUCUGUAUAACUCAGCCUUAUUUUUUGUUAAUUUUAGAGCCCUCUUGAAUUUCAAAUGGCCAAGAACGCCCUAAUAUUUGAUUGGUUAUGUACAGAUGCGAAUGACGUCGCAUCUGUCAGCUCAGGUGUGAUCACCGAUUUUUUUAAUAAUCACAUUUUUUGAUUUUAGCCGCCCAGCUAGAUGUAUUUCUGUCCGUUCUAAAGUAUUGUUUCAAUAAUAAUAUUAACAACAAUGUCAUCCUGGCCAACUCUACGAUCGAUCAGCUUAUCCGAGUAAGAUUAUAUCUAUUUUUGAUGAUUUUAUUUUUAGAGUGUGUUCGAAUUCCAACCUGCUUUCUCACAUUUGAUCCUGAACAAUCUCGCGAAUUCGGUUCGAACAGUUUUGACAUAUCAACCUGGGUGAGGUGUGUCAUGUUGGACUGAAGUAAUAUCGAGUUCUUUCAGAUCUCUUAAAAUUUUUGAUCAUCCACGUAUCGACAGGUCUAAUCGUACCGCAUUAUCAGUAAUUCUUCCCGAUUACUUUGGAAAACCACCAGAGUCACAAGCUCAGAAGCCUCCGGAAGAAACGAGGAAACGGAAAUCUCCGGAUUCUGAAGAGGUUAUCCCGGCAAAAACAAAGAAAAUAGAACCAUUGCCACCGGCCAAGACUCUCAAGGCUAUUGAAGAGGAGAAUCGAAGGAGAACUCAGUCUAAGUUAAAAGAAUUGAGUGGACAAUUGAAUGGGGAGAUCAAGAAAAGAUUCGAUUUGAUGAUGAAUAUCACCCAAAAGAAUGGAGUCGAGAGUAUGGAGAGUUUCGAAGCUGCCAAGAGUUUCUUUGCCCGAUUAAAGGUCUUGAAAGUGGAUGAGGCGCAGAUUAAUGUCCUGGCGGAUUGUAUUCUCGAAUAUUGGGAACCAUUUUUAAGCAAAAGGCGGUACUUUAAGAGAUUACGGUAAGUAUUUUGUGGAAGAAUCUUAUUGCGACUUUAGGGCAAAUGCGAAUAAUAUCAUUUACGCAUUCUUCGAGAACUGGCAGGCCACAAAGGGACAAAAGACGGCACGACAAAAUUUCUCGGCAUUGGUCAAGAAAUUCGCCGUUAAGUCUCCAUUAAUUGGAAUAUUGACUAUUAUCCAUGGUCUCGACACAAAUUCGGGCACUGAAUUGUAUAAGGAAUUUAUCCAACUCAUCAAGAGCAAUGUCCCCGACCAGUUAUCCAAAGACAUUGCGGUGGCUGCGGUCGAGGAUUCGGAUUCUCUUAGAUUGAUCCUCACCAAAAUCGCCUCAUUCCCCGAGGCAUUGGGUACGGUCGAACUGAUCGAAGUGAUGUGUAACUACAUAAACGAAAGUGACUUAUACAUUUUAACCAAGAUCUUAUCCUCUUCCGUCUCAAGUCCCAAACUUUUUGACCGAGGGACCUUCCACAAAUUGGUCAAGAAAUCUCAUCAAUGGUCUCCGAACGCGCAAUGGCUCUUCUGGAACAUCAUCAGGAUCGAGGGAAUCCCAGCGGAUUGGCUGACAGACUGUCUGUACUUGAUUAAUGACAAGUUGCAUCCUGUGGCGAGCAUGAAUGUCCUUUCUUCCCUUAACAGCUCGGAUCUUCUGAUUGAUGUCAAUCUGGCCCGAGAUUUGUUCUUCCGACCGCUGAAUGAUGGACUCACGUUGACUUUUUUGAAAGUGAGGAAAUAAUUUUUAGAGGCCGAAGUAAUCGGAAUUUCGGUCUUGAAAUAAUUUAUAAUUAUUUCGUUAUUCUAGGCGAUAAUGUUGGACGAUAAAAGCACUGCAACUUUGGCCGAGCAAACGACCAAAGUGAUGGUGAAAUUGAUCACAACGGACAGGGUCACAAAGCCCGAUAAAACAUUCCAACACGAGGGGGAAGCCAAAUUUGGAUUUCUGGAGAAUGUCCUCAGGCAUUUGGAGAAGGCAAGGAAGGCCGGGACCAAGGAUCCGGUGUUCAUGACUUUUGUAAAAUGCGAGUGGUUUGUGGCAUUCUACAAUCAAGUGCAUGCCAGGCCCGCAUUGGUGGAGAUCAAGGACAAUCAUCAAACAUUGUUUGCCUUGUGGAAAAAGGGCAAGCAAGCGAUGAAAGCGGGACAAAAGAAAAAGGAUCAGAAGGUAGGAGAAUAUAGUUUUGUAUCGUAUUCGCCGUAAUGAGUGAUGUGACUGUGAUUUUAAUGGCACUCGUGGAGUUUAAUGUGGUAUCAGUGACUUGUUUUGGAACACCUUUUGAUCACAAUAAUAGUUUAUAUUAUCGUAGGCAUCUCAUGGGACUUAGCAUCGAAUCUCAGCUCCAGUCACAAGUUCCUCGUCCAUCGUCAUACUGUAAUUUUUAGGAGCUGCGACGAAAACGGACGGUGGAUUACGUGGAACUCAGUGAUGACGAUUAG